ACGCUCAAUGCGGCGGCUGCGCGGCGGCAAUGACAUGUUUUCCGAAGGUACCGACGCCAAGCAGCGACCCGCCGGGUCGGUUUCGUUUGAGUUUGCGAAGCCGAUUAUGGAGGGGCUCGGGCGCACUGCCGACGGCGGUGGCAAUGACGUCACUGGCAACGACAAGAAGCGAGCGAAGGAAGAGACGAAAGGAACGGCGGCGGAUGCGGCGGCAGUGCUGGUAAUCGACGACGUCAUCUCGAGUGACGACUCGGCCACAGAGGGGAGCCCCUUCAGCACACACAGCGUCUUUGACGGCGGCAGCGGCUUCCGGCUCCGCGGCUACUGUCCUCGCACCUGCACGCUCCUCAUGCGCGCUGCCUCUAUCAGACCCUGUCCGCCGUACACCCCUCCUGCCGAUGACGAGCUGCAGGAUGGCAGUACCGGCAGCAGCGGCGACGGCGCCGCCGACGUAGGACGCCAGUGGGGCUCCGAAACCCCGGCGGCGGUGCCACUAGCCUUCCGUCGUACGACACGCGGUCGUACUACAGACUCCCCAGAGCCGCCGCCAUCGCCGCCGUCGCAUCAAGCAUCUGACGUGCUCAGCGCCCCGCCUUCCUUCGCCGCCGUGAGCAGCGGUGGCGGCGCUUCGACUUCUGAGCGUUCCUCCGACACGGACGCAGCGGGCGGCUGCGGCCGACAUGGCAGCAGCAGCAUCACGAACACCGGGACCACCAUCACUGACCCGCUCUGCAUGACCGCGCAGUGCCUGCUGUCGGGCGGGACGAGCACCGCAGCAGGGUCGGACGUCGCCGGACGGCGCAGCCUGGACGGGCGCUACCCGGAUGCGGGCACGGCUGCCUGCGAGUCCGCGGUCACUACAAUGAUGAACAGGAUUCCAGGCGCCGGCGACAGUCGGGGCGGUGUAGCGACCAGGCCGGCUGGCGCAGGAGAGGCUACUGGUCCUGGUAAUGGCACCCCAGUGCAGGCGCCCCAACAGCAGCACCCGUCGCAGUCGCAGCGACGGAGCCUGACUGGCUACGGCGGCGGCAUGCAGGUCGCUGCAGAGCCCGCGGGGCCGCUGUCUCGCACCGCAUCGGAGAGGCUGCCGUGCUUGCCGGGCCUGCACGGCGAUGCAGCGUGGUUUGUUCCGGAGGGCUACGAGGAGGUGGAGUGCGAGCUGCUGGUACGGGACGUGCGGCCGUUUGGCUGCCACGCAGCUAAGGGUGGUGGUUCUGAGGGUACGGAAGGUAACGUCUUGGAGGCUGGGAAGGAGGAGCCGGGCAGGCCAGCCGACGACGGCGAAGCCAGGGCGUCCACGUCAGCAGGCGCGGCUGCGGCGGUUUCGAAGGAUGGCAAGGUGGACUCGGGCGGAAGCGCCGUCGGGGUUGAUGGUGGCGGCAACACCGGGGCUGCAGCCGGAAAGCGCCGAAGCCGGGAGCAGGGUUUUCAGGUUCUGCGCUGCUGCCUAUUGGCUCGGGACUUGUGGGUUAAGCAGCCCUCAAGCAUCCUGGAACCAGCGGCAAGCAUGCCAGCAAGUGCUGCCUUUGCCGUCCCAUGCGAGGACGGCCACCCGAGGAUCAGCUGGGGCGCCGGAGCGGAGGGCUGUGACCGAGGCACCCGGCGUAACAGCACCACCAGCAGCUUCAGCAGCGGCAGGCGCGUAAGCCGCAGCGUCUCCUUUUCCUCCGCUACUGCUGACAUACGGCCCACGACAGGCGGGCGUAAGAGGAGCGGUUGGAAGCGCCAUGCGCGCACGGUCGCAGGUGGCGGAGGAGCUGCAGGCAGCAACAGCAGCAGCAGCAACAGCACUCGUAACGGCGCCACUAUCGCCAGCAGCGGUCGAGGCGGCGGCAGCAGCAGCAGCCGCGGCGAUGGUGAUAGGUUCGAUGGGUUGAUGCGUUUGGGCUAUCGUGAGGUGCAAUGCGGGCUGCUGAUGCGGGAGAUGUCGACACGGACAGGGGGACGCUACGCCCAAAGCGCAGGUGGCGACGUUGGGCGGAAUCGCAGCCCUGUGCUGCCGCCAGCGGCAGAGCAACGGGGUGCCGUGGAGGUGCUAGCAGGGCAGCCAGCGGCGCCAUCGUCUGGGGCUUUAGUCGCGGCGGCGCCGCCGUUUCCUAGUUUGGCGCUGCCACUGCCCUCAGGUGUCGCGGCAGCGGCCGCAGCGGCUCUGGGUUACCGGGAGGUGACCUGCGUGCUGCUGGUGAAGGUGCGGCGCGGCCUGGGC